ACACAAGCUGUCUCCCUCUAUCUCCGGCUUGUACCAUUGCAGGAAUACAUGUUAACUUGUGAGAUGAAAGCUGUAGAUGAAUACUUCAUCCUUGACCCACAUAAUGGCGAUAUAUGAGGCUCGGUGAGGGGAGAUCUGUCGUGUUUACAGCCCGCUCUUCGGCUGUGCGCUCCCGGUGCGGCUCGGCUCCCAUCUUCCUCCGCUUGGACCCGAAUCCUCUCUCCAUCUCUCCUCCAGAAACAGGACUGGAGGGGAAAGGAGAAGCGGCACUCACCGAGAGAGGGGCGAAGGAAAACGGGACAAGUAACUGAAUUGAAGUGUUGAGAAAUCAGCGAGGGUUUCCGGCCUGGGAUCCCAACCUGAAGGACCCUGCGUGAGGUGGCAGACCGAGGAGAGUUCAGCCGGGCCUUAAACUGAUCCGACACUCCUCCAGCUCACCUCCCCUUCACCUUUCAAACAAAGAGCCUCCCCCUCACCCUGGGGCCCUGACUCAAGUCUUCCAGCUAUUCCACACCUCCGUCUUCUCAGCUUCCUCUGAUUAAUCCACCCCACCCCCCAUAAACAUCCCUGACUCUGGCCUACUCCCUCACCCCUCCCUGCCUCGCCGAGUCUCCCUUGGGGUGCUGAGGCCAUGGCCGUACCUUCAGCCCACGAGUUUCACUGGCAGAGCCUGGCACGGCUGCCCAGCGGCCGUGUCUACCACGCUCUGUCUGAGGUGGGGGGGCAGAUGUACAUGCUGGGGGGCUGCGACGCAGCAGGGAGGCCCUGCCCGGCCCUGGAGCUCUACUCCCCCGAGGGGGACCGCUGGAUGAGCUUGGCACCCAUGCCCACCCCUCGUGCCGGGGCAGCUGUGGCAGUGCUGGGAAAACAAAUCCUGGUGGUGGGAGGAGUGGGAGAGGACCAGAGUCCCCUGAAGGUGGUGGAGAUGUACAACACAGACGAAGGGAAGUGGAGGAAGAGGAGUGCUCUGCGGGAGGCCUUGAUGGGCUUAUCCAUCACUGUCAAAGAUGGCCGGGCACUAGCUGUGGGGGGAAUGGGUGCUGAUCUGCUCCCUCGUAGCAUCCUGCAGCAGUACGAUCUUCGGAAGGACGUGUGGGCGCUGCUUCCUCCCAUGCCGACGCCGCGCUACGAUGCCAACACACAGCUGCUGGCCAGCAAGCUCUACGUGGCAGGCGGUCGCCAGUGUAAGCGACCAGUGAAAGCCUUCGAGGUGUAUGACACAGAGACGCGCUCUUGGACUACGCUACCCAUCAUGCCUUGUAAACGUUCGUAUGGGGGCGUGAUAUGGGACACAACUGGCCGGCUGUGCCUGCUCGGAGGACUGCGGCAGGGAGGAGGACACCAGAGCUCCAAGUUUACCAAGAACAUCAACAUUUUUGACACCAAUCACGGUGUGUGGCUGAAGUCGGAGGAGACGGUGGCGAUGAAAACAAAGAGAGCCGACUUUGCUGCUGCUUUCCUGCGUGGCCGGAUGGUAGUAGCAGGAGGACUUGGUCAUGAGCCCUCGGCGCUGGACACAGUGGAGGCCUUUCAUCCUCAGAGGAAGAAGUGGGAGAGGCUGGCUCCCAUGAACUUCCCCCGAUGCUCCACCUCCUCCAUCGUCAUCAGAGACCGCCUCCUAGUGGUGGGGGGAGUCAACCAGGUUCCCAGCACUGCCCAUGAGAUCCUGUAUGUAAAAGAAGAAGAGUAUCUGUAGCCUGCAGUAAGUGACACCAGAUGAAUGAAGCAGAUCAACAAUCCCACUUUGUCUUCUCUGUUCAACCCUCUUGAAUCUAGCUGUAGUGCAACAUAUA